UAUGAGCCCGAAAGCAGGACGGACCGCAGGCACUUAGCGCGGAGCCUCCCGGGGUUCUCUGGGGAUUUGGAGCUGCUCUCAUGACAUGUGCCAGUUCUAACGCCACGCACCUGCAACCGGUCCGCUCUCGAGUUCCGCGGACAACUAGUUUCUGAUUUUUUUUCUUAUUUAUUUAUUUUAAAAAUUAAUUUUUUUUAAUCCCCCCCUCACCCUUCAAGUUCAAGUUGAAGAUGGAUUCUUUCUCAACUGCUGCGCUGCUCGUUGCUGGGUUUCUGUUUCGAACAAGUUCCUCUCACUCGGCGACAGAAUGCUAUUCAGCCAAUGGGGAGGACUACCGAGGGCGCCAGAACCAGACCAGUCUUCGGGGAGGCCUGCCCUGUCUCUACUGGAACGAAACUCUCCAGCACCCCUAUAACACCCUGAAAUUUCCCAAUGGGGAGAGAGGGCUAGGCCCACACAACUACUGCAGGAACCCAGAUGGUGACGUUGGACCUUGGUGCUACGUCGAUGACCAUGAGGAUGGGGUCUACUGGAAGUACUGUGAUGUCCCUACAUGCAGGAUGCCCGGGAACCUUGGCUGCUUCAUGGACACGGGCGACCCUCCUACUCUGACUGGCAGCAGCGAGACCUCGAACAGGCUGACCAUUGAGCGUUGCAUCAGCUAUUGCAGAGAACGGAGGUACCAGCUUGCAGGGAUGGAGGCAGGUUAUGCCUGUUUCUGCGGUAACCACCUUGAUCACAGCCUCCAUGGGCAGUCUCCCAGCACCGAGUGCAACCACGUCUGCUUUGGCGACCACACCCAGCCCUGCGGGGGAGACGGACGCAUUGUCAUAUUUGACACACGGGUUGGAUCCUGUGGGGGUAACUAUACCUCUCCAUCAGGAGUUCUGUACUCUCCAGACUACCCAGAUCGCUAUGGUCCGGGCCGAGUUUGCUACUGGACCAUCCAGGUGCACGGAGCGACAGCCAUACUCUUUGACUUUACCAUAUUUGAUGUCCCAGACUGGGCAGAUAUGGUAGAGCUGCUGGAUGGCUACACCAACCAGGUGGUAGCCCGCUUCGAUGGGGGUAACCCACCUGGGAACACGGUUAAUGUCACCACCGAUUUCGCAAUCCUCUACUUCUAUUCAGACCGAACCAAUGAGGCUCGUGGCUUCGCUGUUCGGUACCAAGCACUGAAAAGUGCAGGAGGCAGUUUUGUAGGGCAGCCCACAGAAGAGGAGCCAGAGGAGGACAGUAGCGCGACUGACCCUGAGUCUGAACCUGAAUCGGACCUGGAGGCCACCACAGAGUGGUCCAAUGACAGCCUGAGCCAGAAUUCCAACCAGGUCCUCUACGUCAUCACCUCCACACCCAGUGAAGUGGACCGCAAAGUCCCAGCCUGGACUGUGUAUGCCAUGGCUGCCCUUCUGACAUUGGUUGUCAUAGCAACAGUCACAAAGUUCUUGCUGCAUGUGGUGAUGAGGUCCACUGCUUACCCCACCCUCGAGGCGCCUGACACCUGUGGUCAAAAUGUAGCCUCUGACCCGUGGGUCAUUUUGUAUCGGCCAUCAACCAUCUCCUUCUUCAAGAAGAAACUCAAGAGUCAUCAGGGGGACCUCAGCCCUUUGGUAGGACACUGAGAGCUGGGUGUGAUGACCAGCAUUUCUGCAGAUCCAUCAACCCUCUGGAAGUCAUGUUCUGGGUAUCUGAAAGUAAAUAGGAGUAACCAAUAGGCAAAACUGCACCAGGAUCUCAUGACCCGAGGGGCAGUGGUCACCACGAGUGGACAGUUCACUUCCUUCUUCUGCACUGGUGCUUUCAAGGGGUGUGUUUUUGGAGGUGCAGACCCUAGAGUGCUCAAAAAAAGUUCUCUGAACUUGGACUGUGCUCAUGGGUUGAGUAGCAUCUCUAAAGAUGAAUGACUCAAAGCUGGUGAGGGAUCUACUGUAGCUGAGUGAGAAGAGGUCCACAAGGUCGCGAACCUCAGACUGGUUGAACAAAUGACCCCCACAGCACGGAAUGGUUUCUGUAAAUGAUUUUAUUCCUUCCUGAUAGAAGCAGGAACCAGUCAACAGAAGACCUGGAACAAUCUGCUCUAUCCGCACACUGGAGUUGCUAGCAUGGGAAAUCUUCCUCCUUAAGUUAUUUACUCUGGUUCUACAGUUUAAUAUUGUGCUCCACAGUGUUCUUCCAUGCCUGUUCUGGGACUGACAUUCCUUAACCACAGGUGCAAAAAAAGUCACUUAAUACCUUUGUGUAAUGUAUGCACAUGAGUAAGGUUUACCAACCUUGGGCCUGAAUUCUGUUACAACCGAACUUAACCAUUUAGUUUUAUGUGGGUUGUUUGAGGCAUAUUAAUUAAUAAUGGUUAUAGGCUACAAGUGUCAUUGAUUCUAGAAUCACUUUUUUUUUUUUUUUUUUUUUAAAAAUAUGUCUUUAAGAUGGUGUGUAUAAUUAUAUUGUCACCUAGUUAGUGACAUGGUGUGUGUGCGCGGUGGUAACAGAACACAACUACACAAAUAGCCUCAACAGCGAGGUGGAUGGAUGGAGCAAUGUCUACAAUGAGUUAUUUAUUAAUUUUAUACUUUUAACGAUUGGGUUCUUAAAGUUUUGGCUGUAAAAUAAAAGCAUAUUUGAGCU